GCACAUCCUUUGACUAAGUAUGCGCAAGCGUUCAGUAAAUACAGUGCAUUUGAAUCCUCGAUUCAGUUGCGUGCGCGAUUUUGUUGUGGUCACACCAUGUCAGACAAUCUUGUAGAAAUUGAAAAGAAAUUUGGUAGUCUUAAUGAAUACAGCAUACAAUUCAAUCGAUGGAUUUUAAAACCAAUAGGUGCAUGGCCAACUUCCCUUUAUACUACUAGGAUCGAAAAAAUAAUAUCGAAAAUUUUAAUCAUUCUUUGUUGGAGUUUUUCAUUAUUUACAUUAAUUCCUGGCGUACUUCAUUUUCUCCUAGAAAAAGAAGAUACUUAUUUGAAAUUAAAAACAAUAGGUCCUUUAAGUCAUUGGUUUAUCGGAGGAUUCAAUUACGCCGUGCUUUUGCUACGUAAAAAUGAUAUAUUACAUUGCAUAGAACAUAUACGUGUUGAUUGGAACAUUAUCACGAAAAAGCAAGAUCAACAAAUAAUGUUAAAGUAUGCGAAAAUUGGUCGUUACAUUGCAGCUUUUUGUACAGCUUUCUUGCAAGGUGGCGUUUUAUGUACUUGCCUUGCAUUAGGAGCAUUUAAAACGACUAUCAAAAACGGCAAUGAGACGAUAGAAAUAUAUAGUUUACUUUGUCCAGCCUAUAAAUUACCAGUUCAAACAAAUCCAACCCACGAUAUUAUAUUAAGUACGCAAUUAUUGUCGGCAUUCAUUACUAGUUCGAGCGCUGCUGGUGCUUUUAGUCUUGCUGCUGUGUUUGCAAGCCAUGCUCUUGGCCAACUGAAUAUAAUGGUGGCAUGGAUCAACGAGUUUGUUAAUCGAUCAAUGGAGUUGAAUAAUGAUGUCUAUGUUAAUAAAAUAAGUAUAAUCGUCGAACAUCAUUUAAGAAUUUUAAGUUUUAUAACACAUAUUGAACACCUGAUGAAUCCAAUAUGCUUUAUGGAAAUGUUCAAAUGUAUGGUGGGAAUGUGCAUGCCUAGCUAUUAUAUCCUUGCGGAAUGGUCUGAACAUAAUGUUCAGAACUUGACUGUAUAUGUUAUGAUAAUUAUAUCUAUGACUUGCAAUAUUUUUUUAAUAUGUUAUAUUGGUGAAAUUCUAACAGAACAGUGUAAAAAGAUCGGAGAAAUAAUUUAUAUGACAAAUUGGUAUGAAUUAUCUAACAAAGAUAUCUUUAAUUUAAUGAUGAUUAUUUCACGAUCUAGUAUCAGUGUAAAUAUGAGUGCCGGAAAGUUGAUUAACAUGUCGGUGCUUACAUUCGGUAAUGUAAGUUUCUAUAAUUUCUUUAUUAAAAAAUAUAAUUUCUAUUCGUAA